AUGAAUAGACGAAAUCUUCCCCUAGACGUGGUGAAGGAAAACCUAAAUAAGGGUGAAAUUUCUGCCAUGCAAAACAGUUUCCUCACUGUAUUGAAAUGGAAGGAUAAACGUGACGUAACGGUGAUGUCAACAUGUCACGAUCAUCAAAUGCAGAUGUCAACUGGAUUCCGACCAAUUUUGAAGCCAAAAAUUGUAUUAGAUUACAAUCGUGGUAAAAAAGGAAUAGAUGUGGCUGGUCUAGCUUGCCAGCCAUAA